UCUGGUUUGCAAGAAUGAUUUUGACACCAGCCCACAAAGUUUCCGCUGUGUGAGGUGGAAGGCUGACUACAAAAGGUGGUCGGGGGGAAGCGCUGCCAUCCAGACUGUUGAGCAUUGACUUCUACCUGACGACCAUGAUCCACGCGUACUGCGUAAUACUUCUCCUUCAGCUGCUCUCCCCUACUGGGGCUUCUGAGAGUGGAAUCGUGAAUGGCAAAGUCACAAAGCCUCAUUCCAGACCCUACAUGGCAUCAGUCCAGCUUCAUGGACAACACUCAUGUGGAGGGAUUCUUAUUCGAGAGGACUUUGUCCUGACUGCUGCACACUGUGAACAACCAGAAACAAUGACAGUGGUUCUUGGAGCACAUAACAUAAAAAAGAAAGAGAAAAGUCAACAACAGAUCAAUGUGGCGAAGUACAUUAAACAUCCAAAAUACAAUGGAAAAUUUGAUUAUGACAUCAUGUUACUGAAGUUGGAAAAGAACGCCACGCUGAAUAAGUUUGUGAAAACUAUUGGACUACCGAGGAAAAAAGGGAAAAUCCCAGCCAACAUUAAAUGCACCGUGGCAGGAUGGGGCAGAACUGGACAUGACGAGCCCGCCUCAGAUGUGCUGAAGGAGAACACGGAGACGCUGCAAUUCAACUUUGUGUGUGAACAGAUAUGGAAACAGUACUUUGAUGACGAUAGCAUGAUUUGCACCAAAUUCACCAGAAAGGCGGGAGGGGUAUGCCAGGGUGAUUCCGGCGGACCACUCAUCUGCAACAACAAGCCUCAGGGUAUAACAGCUUUCAUCCUUAAAGAUGAUUGUAACAAUCCCAAGUGGCCCCAUGUCUUCACUAAAGUCAAUGCCUUCAUCCCCUGGAUUAUGGAAGUGCUGAAGGGAAAGAGGAAUGUUGCAUGAGCCACUUGUUCAGAAGCCAGGAAUACUUCCCUUUCUUCACUUACUUACUGAACAUGGAUUAGUAAAGCAAAUAUUUACAAACAAUACACUUGUACGCUGUAUUGUUUGUGCUUUGACUCAACACUGGGUCAGUGUUAACCCAGUGUGUGUAGGAAGGUUAACAUCAGACCCAUACUGAGUCUACUGAACAUCUACAUAUAAUAACAGCAGCUUUUAUAGAAUGAAUUAUUUUCUAUUUUUCAAACAACAAAUUGCUUGUAAUUUAAUAAAGAAAACUAAAAAAUUCCAGCAAGAAUUUUUGGUAAUUUUUAACAAGCUACUUCCAAAUGUAUUUGUGCCCAUCUCUGCUUAAUUACGAGGUAUAAGAAGUUUUAAAAUGUGAGUUAAGACUCAGUGGUAAGCAAUAAGAACAGUUAAUGUCCUCAACUUCACAUUAAAAAAGUCAGGUGGACUGUUUUUUGUGACCUGUCGCUGUCUUGACUGGUAACUGACUGACAACUGGGAGUAUAAAUCUUCAUUUAUUGGAUCACAGCCAUCAAGAUAAAAUUCAAUAUUUUACAGCACAAGAUCUGAAGUAAGUAGGCUGUGUGAGCUGGGCUGCUAAUUUUCUGUCAUGUGUGUCUUUAGGCCACAUGAUCCCU